AUGUCUAUUAAAGCUGAAGAGAAAAAUACUCAUACAACAUCAAUGAUAGGAACUACUACGGCUACUUCAGCAUCACCAAGUGCAACUAGUUCAGCAACAUCGACAAUUUCAUCUUCUGAUUCCAGUGGCAGUUCUGCUGCUGCUACUGCUGCUGCUGCUGCCGCCGCAGCUGCCAAAGCCAAAAAGGAUCCAACAUCAAGACCGUAUAAGUGUCCCCUUUGUGACAAGGCAUUCCAUCGAUUGGAACAUCAAACUAGACAUAUAAGAACCCAUACUGGUGAGAAACCGCAUGCAUGUACAUUCCCAGGAUGUUUUAAACGUUUUAGUAGGUCUGAUGAAUUGACAAGACAUUUGAGGAUACAUACAAACCCCAAUUCCCGGAGAAAUAAAAACUUGAAUAAACAUAAUAUCAACUACACAAACAAUCCUAAUAAUAUAUCAGAAAAUGAUGAUCCUGUUAUUACUUCUGCAGGGACGACGCCACCUCCAUCGACAGCUGCAGCUACUACUGCCACUACUGCUACAAAGCGCAAACUGGCAAAGAGAACAAUCAAACUUGAAUCAAAAAAGAUUGAGGUUCAACAAGAUAAUGAUAAGGUUAAACAGGAAAUAGUGUCCACAUCUGAUGUUGAUAUGACGUCCCCAAUAUCGACAGCAUCGCCAGUACUAACAACUGCGAGUAUUGAUGCUGCUACUGCAGCAGCUCAAACUAUACUGUCAUUAAGUAGGCCCGGGGGAUUAACUAAGAUGCCAAGUACAAUGAGUAUUGAUAUUUUAGCUAGUGCUGCUUCAGAAGAAUUGAGGAUGAUGCAGAAAGAUGGUAAACCAACUGAGUCAAAUUCAGUAAAUCCAUCACGUUCAUUACCUUCAUUAACUGAAUAUUUUGGUCAACAACCAAAUAACAAAAAAUCACAUUAUAACUUUAGUAAUGAAAAGGCAACAUUCCAAAUUGCCAAUUCUUCCUAUGAAAUUAAACAACAAACAAAUAGUCUACAAUAUUUGUCAAGUAUGGCGGCUCAUCAUUUGAAUAAUAAAUCUCAAAGUUAUACGACAUUGGCAGCAUCUCCUCAUAAACAGCAUUGGAAUACGCUAUCAUCACUCCAAAGAAUGACACCAAUCCAUCACCCUGAACCAUCACAUGGCAAAGCACACAUAUUGGAAGAUUCGGAUUUAGAUUAUGUGAAGCAAAAAUUAAAGAAAUCAAGACCAAAUAGUCCGAAUACAAAACCAUUCACAUUACCAAAUUCACCAGUGCUCGGACUUUCAUCAAACACAACUCCCCUGAUUUCAGCAAAUAAUAGUAGCACAAAUUUGGCUUCAUUAAUGAUGACCCCAGCAUUCCGCACAGUUAGUUUGGAUCAUCAACAUUUUAAUCCAAACCGGUCUUCUACCCCACCAAUCACCAGUUCUAAUUUACAAACUCCGAAAUUAUCACCUUCCAAUGAAAACUUCCCCCUUAACACACAAAAACAAUCACAAUCACAAUUACCGAACAAUCUACCACCGUUGAGAAGUUUGAAAUUAGAUCUACCUUCAAAUUUAUCAAUGCCUGAUUUGACUCGUGCAGCAACUAUGCCGACGUUUUUCAGUAAACACAAUCAAAAUCAUAUAAUGGGAAAUGAAUCCGACGUUACUAGAAACUCGGAUGAUAUGGAGCAAUGA